ACUCAGUACACAUCGGACUAUGUGGAAUAGACCAGAAACGACCAAUGAAAAACAGACUCCGCUUUCCGCCGCCUCCUAUAUAAGAGAUAACGCAUCGCUGCACCGUGCGAUUCAAUCAGAAGUCUUUUUGAUGAGGUAAUAGCCGGUCGGACUUCUCGCAGCUUCCGAAAAUGCCUGGAUACAAAUGGGUGCCGUACACGGGGAUGCGCGCAACACUUCCCGGUAUGAUAUGCGCUGGACGGGAUUUGGACGGUGCGAAUUUGGUCGUUGGUCGGGCAACGCAUCUGGGGGAUGUUUUGCCCGCUAAGGCUAAACCGGAACACGGCGUCGCUUACGUUGCUUACGACGGUAUCGAACACGAAAAAAGGAGUUUCGAGAUUUUAAUGCCUGCCGAUUUCCAUUGGGUGGUCAGUCGAAACGGUCAAGUGCCACACGGUGCCGUAGAAUCAGGAAGAACCAACAGUGGUGAAAUUCUUUACGUUGGUCGCGGUUUCCAGCAAGGCGCUCCGACUAUUGGAAAGGUGCAUCCGAGUCACGGAUGUCUCUACGUACCCUUCGGAGGAAGGGAGAUAGCCAUGAGGGAAUACGAAGUCCUUGUCCAAAUGUAGUGGAGAACGAUCACAUAUUUUUGGCUAUGAAAACAA